CGAGAAUCUAGAGUAUGCGGCAACCAUGCUUGGCAUCAUCCCUCCUGCCACAACAUAUCCCCGCCUCAAAUAUGAUAUGCUUGGUUCCCGAUUCGUGCUUGAAUGCCGAAAUCUGGAGAAGGUGUGGUUCGUCGCAUAGUGUCUAGAUGCGGCGAUGUGUUCGAAAAGAGUUGGUCCGCCUAGUUCCUAAUGCCCGCCCCGCCUAUGAGAACUGGUGGUUGUCAAAUGCUUUAAAUUGACAGAGACGCAUUGUGAACACAACCUUCAGGAAGCCGACAGCCACAUUGAUUGCGACUGUAUCACACCACCUUUAAUCAACAUGGCCGCUGUAUCAAUUCGAAGGUUGACCCCGCUGGUGAACCAAGUCAAACCGAUAGCAAUGUCUGCAACACUACCCACCACCAGCACCGCCAAGCGGGAAGGUGAUAUCUCAGAUUCAUUUGUAUCCUUAUCCAAAACCAGCCGACCACCCCUACCUGAACGUUUUCUGGACCUCAAAAAGAGCCUUAUCGGCGGAAAUGAGGCCCGUGUCAUCGAGAGCUGGAAACAAGUGCUGCGACAGCUCAAGGUUGAAAACGAGACUAUUGCCAAAGCAGGACCCAGCGUAGUACCUUCCAUUGACUUCAAAAACUUGGACAAUGGCUUGGUAACUCUCCAGAGCGAGCUCAAAAAGCGGGGUGUUGCUGUUGUUAGAGGGAUUAUGCCCGAGAAGGAAGCGCGUGCAUACAAGGACGAGAUUGAGGAAUACGUCAGGCAAAACCCUCAUACCAAAGCGUUCCCUCAAAAUAACCCGCAAGUAUAUGAACUGUACUGGUCUGCACCUCAACUAAAAGCACGAGCCCAUCCGAACCUGCUCAAAACGCAGACAGCUUUGAUGAGCCUCUGGCACACAUCAGACCCCAAAAGCGAAAUUUCAAUCUCGCAGGCCCUUUCAUACGCAGAUCGCCUCCGAAUUCGCCAGCCAGGGGACGCGAGCUUCGCACUUGGGCCACACAUAGACGGCGGCAGUGUCGAGCGCUGGGAGAAACACGGCUACGGUCUAGGCGGCGUCUACGACAAAGUCUUCGAGGGCAACUGGGAGUCUUAUGAUCCCUGGGACGCCAGCACGAGAGUCGAUGCCGUUAGUGACAACUACAACGGCCUUGGAGCGUGUUCCAUGUUCCGCAUGUUCCAGGGAUGGUUAAGCAUGAGCUGGACAGGACCAGGCGAGGGCACGCUGAAGGUCUACCCCAACAUGAAACUGUCUACCGUGUACAUGCUCCUGAGGCCAUUCUUCCAAGCAGUCAAGAAAGUGGAGGAAGUUACGCGGGAGGAGUACCUGGAUGAGAAGAACUGGGAUUUUGCUGGAGAGAACAUGACUAGUGCGUUGCAAGGAGCGGAACCUGGCUUUGGGCAAGAGCUGAGCACGACAUUGCAUCCACAUCUUGAUCUGGACAAGACUAUGGUGCACAUGCCCUGGAUUCGUCCGGGAGAUUUCGUUGUCUGGCACUGCGACACCAUCCACGCUGUCGACAACGUGCACAACGGCAAAACCGACUCCAGCGUCCUGUACAUUCCAGUAUGCCCCGUGACCGAACUCAACGCGAGGCAUAUGCGGCAGUCGCGCGAGGCCUUCAUGAAGGGUACGCCAAGUCCGGAUUUCCCGGGUGGAAAGGGCGAGAGUGAGCAUGUCAACCGACCUACAACUGACUGGCUCCGGUCUUAUGCACAAGUUCAAGGGCUUCGCGCUGCGGGAUUGGAAAAGUUGGUGCCUGCAUCGAAUGAUACCGUUGGGGCACAGACGGUUACGGAGAAGGCGAAUGGGAUACUUGGCUUUGAAUGAACAACCAUCUAUUCAUUGCAGUUGUACAUUGUGAAACAACAAUGUGUAUACUUCCUGGGUGACAGCCGCAUUAGUUGGGCAGUUUUUCUUGCAACAAUAGCUUGCGGUGUAACUAGAUUAGCUGAUCUGAUUUUGGUGAAAUACCCAAGCCAGUUUAGAUAAGCAGGCGACGUACGUAAUACAAAUUAGAAAGAACCGUAC